AUGGCGUCUGGCAUCCGCCUCUCCAGCCCGACGCGGCGACAGUUACAUUCCGCUGCCUCGACCGUUUCUCGCGUUGCGGGACCUGUUCUCCGGGUUCUGUAUGCCUUCGCGGCUCGAUUCGUAUCCCGAGAGUUCCUCUUUGCCAUAUGCGUCGUCGCCCUCACCAGCAGCAAGCUGGUCCACAUAUACGCCCAUCUCACGGCGCUUGCCUUCUCCGCGAUAAGGAAUUGGGGCAUGACAUUCUUCACACAAGAUACCAUCUUCUUAAUAUUAAUACGGCUGCUGCUCGAUACGGAAAUCUACCCAUGGCGGUGGCUGCGCAUCAUUCUCACGACGCUGGCCUCGCUUCUCGUCAUGAUUGUGCUGGUCCUGGCGGCCAUCAACAACUCAUUUUUUGUCGUCGCAGGCUCUGAGCCUCAUUGGCGCAAUGCUGGCUUGGCUAGCAACGCCUCUUCCUGGAAACUGGCAGUUACUGGACUGUUUACGUGCCUGAUUGUGUUGGCUAUCAUCCUGGCCAUUAGCUGGGUGACUCAGGACAUCUUCUACUACUUGGCUGGCCUUGCCUUGGACCUGCUCAAGUGGCCCUUUGUCUUUGUAUACAGCAAGAUCCCCUACCGCAUUCGCCCUGCGGCAAAUGUCAGAUACGCUCACAUUCCGCAGCAGGACGUUGAGGGCGGAUCUGAGCUCAUGGGCAAAGAGGACGAUGAGGUCGACUCCAGCGGCUCCAGUGGCUCCAGCGGCUCUAGCGUUGUCUCCGAUAUGCGUCGGAAAUCGAAAUGGACCACUGCUCUCUAUGUUCUCGUCGGCUUCACAUUGUUCCUUCAAGUCUUGCUGUACAUUGUCCGGCCGGAUGAAGGUUCCUACACCUACAUGUCGUGGACCUUGCCGCUACUGCCUUUUGCGGAUUUUGCUCACUCAUCGCCCAUUCUAGCUGCGCUCACCCCCGUCUACGACAACAGCAUUGGCUGGAACUGGGAUAACCGUACCGCGCUGGUCGAGCCGAUUCGAUGGGAGUGGCUGCCAAAGGACCCCCUCCCAGGGUUUGAGGAUUGGUAUGAGCAGGAGCAGACGCACUAUCGUGCUUCCCAGGACCCCCUGAAAAUAUCCAACCUUAAAAACGAUGUCCUCCCCGAGCUUCGCGACAGGCUGGCAAACAUCACCAUCAAGAACGUUGUGCUCAUCAAGCUCGAAAGCACGAGAAAAGACGCCUUCCCUGUCAAGAAGGAUGGCUUGUUCUAUCAACUUGCGGUAGAAUCGUUCGAGAACGGCACACUCCCGAAGACGGCUGAGAAGAAAAUAUCCACGCUCACCCCCACCGCCAACUUCCUGACGGGAGAUUACGAGGAUGGCUUUCAGCACAAGGAGAAGAAACGACGGGGUGGUCUCAACGCCAACAACUGCCACACAACGGCCAGCUACACACUCAAGAGUCUUACUGGCACGCUCUGCGGACUGUCGCCGCUCGUCGCCGAUUUCAACGCCGAAGUCACGCAUCACAUUUACCAACCCUGCUUGCCUCACAUCUUUGACGCCAUGAACCUCGGCCUGGGCAACUCUUCCAAGGACGCCGACAAGGACGACUUCACUACUCACAAGUGGAAGAGCUCCUUUAUGAUGUCAGUGACGAAUGGAUUUGACAAACAGGAUACGCUCAUGACCCAACUUGGUUUCCCGGUAAACAAUACCGUUUCAAAGGAAUACCUCAAGAGUGAUGACGCCAAGUUUGGGCCGGUGGAUGUUGAGGAUAUCAACUACUACGGAAUGCCUGAAUACGUCAUCGAGGAUUAUAUCCGCGAUGCAUUCAAGACGGCCAAGGAGAACAACGAGCGAGUCUUUUUGACGCACUUGACCAGCACCACGCACCAUCCUUUUGGCCUCCCGGAAGAUGUGGACCAUGUUCCCAUCACCAGCGAGGACACCACCAAGCUGGACAAUGUAUCAAAAUACCUCAACGCCAUUGGAUUCGUCGAUGGAUGGCUCCAAAAGAUCCUGGAUGUUCUGGAUGAGCAAGGCGUGGCUGAUGAAACUCUGGUUAUCUUUGUUGGAGAUCACGGCCUCUCGGUCCCGGAAAAUGACGGCAUCACGCCGUACUACAACGCAAACAUUGGCAACUUCCACGUCCCGCUGGUCUUUUCGCACCCUCAGCUGCCUGCCAUCGACAUCGACGAGGCAGUCGUUUCAUACCAGAUCCUGCCCACGCUUCUCGAUUUACUACUGGAAACUGGUUCGCUUUCUCCAUCGCAGACUGAGAUUGCAAAAGAUAUGAUUGACAACUAUGAGGGACAGUCAAUGCUGCGGUCGCUCAUCGACUACAACGAAAGGACGCACCAACCCAACUGGCAAUUCACCGUUAUGAAUCCUGGCCGAGCAACUGUUGCUGUUCGUGACUCGCUCGAACCACACUGGAGACUCACGGUGCCCAUCAUUGAAAAUACCGAGUGGCGCUUCACCGACUUGGAUACAGAGCCCCAUGAAGAGAAGCAUCUCGUUGCUUUUGACUUUGCCGACUUUCUGCACAAAAUCGAACAGGAGAGGUCAAGUGAGGCAGCCCAAUGGGCAGAGCAAGCUGCGUUUGUCGCGCGAUGGUGGGUUGAGGAGAACAGCUUGCGCUGGCACUACAACCCAUCCGAGUGA